UACGUGACCCAGACGGUGGAGGUGGAGUCCCCCACGACCCUGAGGUCUCUGGUGGAGGCCGAGGAGCGGAACCGGGGGCUGCUGGAGCAGCUCUCCAGCCAGGGGGAGCGGUACCAGCGGCUGGCCGAGCAGCUGCAAGGCUCGGAGGAGGUGACUGCCGGGCUGCGGCACAAGAUCGCUGCUUACGAGUCCGAGAUCGCCAAGCUGCGGGAGGAGCUGCUGCGGGAGAUCAACCACCUGGAAGCCCAGAAGGAGGAGGCCGUCAAGGAGGCCUCGGAGAGCUCGGAGCAGCACCUGGAGCAGCUCCGCGAGCAGCUGACAGGUGUCCAGAGGCGCCUGGCCACGCUGCAGCCCAUCCUUAAGGGCAUGAAAACCAACUACUCCAGCCUGCGCAGCCAGGUGCGCGACUUCUCCGGGUUCUACGAGGCGGCCAUCCGGGAGGCCAGGCGACAGAUGUGCUCGGCCGUCAGCGAGGCGUCGGAGGCCAGCCGGGACCUGCUGCAGAAAUACCAGCAUGAGGUGCUGCUGCGCAAAAAGUACCACGCCCAGCUGGUGGAGCUGAAAGGGAACAUCCGGGUGCUGUGCCGCCUGAAGCCGGUGACAGAGGCGGACCAGCAGGAGGGGGAGGUGAGCACGGCCGUCAGCACGGAGCCCGGCAGUGACAGCAGCGUCACCGCCCGCUACAAGGGCAAGGAGAGGACCUUCGAGCUGGACAAGGUCUUCCUGCCGGAGGCCACGCAGGAGGAGGUGUUCCUGGAGAUCGAGCCCCUGGUCCUGUCCUGUCUGGAUGGCUACAACGUGUGUAUCUUUGCCUACGGGCAGACCGGCUCGGGGAAGACGUACACCAUGGAGGGCGUCCCCGAGGACCCUGGCAUAAACCAGCGUGCGCUGCAGGCCCUGUACCGGGAGAUGGAGGCCAGGGCGGGGCUGUGGAAGUACUCGGUGACCCUCAGCGUGGUGGAGAUCUACAACGAGGUGAUCCG